CUUGCCCGGCCCUGUGCCCUGGUGCCAAAUCGUACCAAAUCAAUUCAUUGUGCCUCUUCCGACGCACAGCUGCCUGCUGGGUUUGGCGGGUGCUGCCAGCAAACGUCAGAUUUUUGAAGCCAUGGGUUCUGCUGAAUCUGGAGUCGCUCCCAGUGAUCAGAUGACGUCUCAGACGAUCAGAGCAUGUGAUGGUACUUUGCUUCCCAGCAAGCGCCUGGCCGGUGCCAAGGAUCUCCAGUCAGAUGCUUCGACCUUGUUUGUUUUUCUACAUGGCCUGGGGGAGAGGAUGAGUCACUAUGAUGAGACAUCAGCCAAUGUGAAUUUGCAGAAGGCCAGCAUCGCACACAGUGCUCUCAGCAUUGUGUUGUUCGAUGCCCGUGGCCAUGGGGCGAGCUCUGGCUGGGAAGGAGGUGGACCUGACCAAUUCCACUGGAGAUGUUUAGGCUCAGACAUGUUGCAAGUGGCUCUGGCGCAUACGGCCGCCUUAGUAAAGCCUUGGGCCCCCAGCUACAUUUUGGGUGGUUGCAGCAUGGGGGCGGCAGCUGCAGUUUGGGCGGCUCUCCUCUCGCCACGCUGCGUGCGGGGUUUGGUGCUAUACAUGGUGCCAACCAUGUGGGCUGGUCGAAAAACCCGUCGUGGUGCCCUCGAGGCGCGUGCCAAUGCUGUUCGUCAGACCGAUCCAGUUCGUGCUGAUGUGAUGCUGGGAGUUCUCAUCGUGACAGCUCGCGACGACCCAAUUCAUCCUGCAAGUUCAGCAGAGAUGUUGGGAGAGAUAUUUGGGUCCAACGCCCGAGUGAUUUCCAACUGUCAGGCGGCCGAAGCAGCGUCAAUGUUCACAUUGGAGCUCGAGAGAUGGCUUCAAACUCUUGACCUCAAGUCUGCGUAGAUGGCAUGCACGUGGCCCAGUUGGCCUAGCAACCAUCGGUGCUUGCAAUGGAGACGCGGCUUUACCCGCCUGAUGCCACGGCCCCCUUGCUGCCGGAACCGCUCUGCGCUUCAAAUUGGCAAGGCUCGUAAUAAUUCUGCCUUCAGCACCACCACAGGCAACAGAGAAGAGAAACCAAUGUAUUCAA